AUGCGAGCUUCUGAACAUUCCGUUAUCGAAGGGGAGCUCUCUGCCGCCCGAGAUGGCAGAGAACGAGACACCGCCACGAGCCUCCUUGCCUGUCACCAUGGAUGACACCGAGGUGUUAUCCCGAAGGACCUCUCCUGGCCGAGGAGGUGCGGGUGAGGCUGUCGAGAAGGCGCCCGAGGUUAAUGCCUCGGUCGCCGAAGACAUAGGGGAGGCGACCCCUAUGAGACUGACGGUGGGGACCCCCAACAAUCCGGGCCCCAACCGGACACCAUUCCGGAAACCAAUGCGGCUCCGGGAUCAGGUGGGCAACCCCCUUUGAAAUAGGGGGGAGGAGCAUCGGCUCCAUCGGCGACCUCCACUAAUCCGGAGGCGCCGAACGCUCUAGCGAAAGCACUGCAACGUGCUUCCAUCAUGGAGGAGCACCACACACUGAUGGGCACGGUAGUGGAGAAGGUUCAGUCUGCUAAGAGCGAACUGAACGAAGCCUUCCACAGCUUACUGAUAGGCUUUUAAGGUAUGCGACGUAAUGUUCGAAAACUUUUCAUAUAGAGGAAUAUACCUGUGUAUAGACUGUAGCCCCUGGGGCUCUGUCUGGUUUCAAAGAAACCAGACAGAGGAUCCGUAUAAUAUUCGGGAUAGUUAACAUACUAUUCUGUUAUUGUAACAUGCUUCCCUGUUGGCGGCGACCGCCCAUGCCGCGGAUCGGAAGCUUCAGCUGGCCGAUGAAGAGAUCAACCACGUUAACAAGCAGUUCGACGAGACGCAAGUUGGUGCAGCCGAGGUCGAAACCCUCAAAGGCGCCCUUGCCCAGGCCCAGAAAGAGGCGAAGGCAAACAAGGCAGCCGCUGACAAAGUGGUUGCAGAACUGAAGACCGAGGAAGCCGCCCGCCGCCCACACGAAGCUCGUGUGGCCGAAGUCGAGCAGGAGCUGAAGGAUGCCAUCAGCAAAUGCGAAGAUUUGGAGGAGAAGACUUCGGCCCAAUCGCCCAAACUCGCCAAAGCCCUCCAGGAGGCGAAAGAGGCGUGGGCGAGUCCCAGAGUGCUCGCGAAGAGAUCCGUCAGGCGAAGCAGAUAGCGCCUGUCGCGUUUGCGGAUCUUCCGAGGGGUGCCGCCGAUGCCGCUCAGUUCUUCCGAGCCCAGGAGGGGAACUCGACCGAGAAGCUGUUCUGGUCGCAGUAUCUUGCACCGGAGCACCCGACGCCCCUGAACGACCAGCUGAAGCAGCUGAUGGAGCUGCAUAGGGUGGCCAGUUUGGCCAUGAAGGAUCUAGUAGUCCAACUUUGGCCAGCCGAACCCAUUCCCAGUAGCUUCUUCGGUUUGGUAAAGCGGCUCGUCGAUGCGCUGCCCCAGAUUGAUGCUGUGAAGUGCUCGGCCUGCAUAGAGGGUGCUCGGAUGGCCUUCACCUACGUCAAGAUGCACUGGGCAAAGAUGAUGGCCACCGAUGUGGCGACCGCAGGCCCGCCUGAAGGCAAAGACCAACGGAAGCCGGAGAGGUAGUUUGAAGACGUCCUGGCAGGGGCCCGAAUAGUAGAGGGCCAGUGUUCUAAGGACGUGAUAUUUGAUUAGAUGGUUCGAGUUGUAAAAACGAUGUUAUGAUCCCAUGCUUUUAAUAUAUUUGCGCGUUUUAUCUUAAGCAAUUUCCUCCUGUGCGGCCGUUUAAUUCUAAAAGUGGCCAGUCAUCGGCUUCAGCCCCCACGCAGAUGUUGCAGGGGUGUUCGGCAUAACGCGUGAGUGCAGUUUAUCCAACGUCUUGGUCCAUAAAGGAGGCAUCCGCGGGGUGAACCAGGCAAUCAGAC